AUGCGGCUCUUAAUAGCUCUUUUGUCCUUUUUCGCCUUGGCCAAUGCCCAGUUUGGAUUCUUUGACCAAAUGUUUGGCGGCGGCGGCGGCGGCGGCGGCCACCACCAAGAGCAGCGCCCGCAGAACAACCCCAGCGACGCUCGCCAUUAUCAACACCAGUACACACAUUCCACCUGUGACCACUACCUCUGCCCCGACACACUCGCCUGCGUCCACUUCCCGCACCACUGCCCCUGCGCAUGGGACGCCAACGACGACAAAUUCGAGCUCGCAGAAGGGAAGCGCACCUGCGUUUCAAAAGGCGGGUUCAAGCAGGGAGAAGCCGCGCGCAAGAUUGAACUGGCGCGGAAGGGUUUGCUUUGA